CUUUGCAGAGGCCCCAGAGGUCUGGGGAGGUAACAUGGUGGGGUCUGGGAUCUCAGCUUUGGGCCUUCUCCUGCUGAUGCAGGGCUCAGUAGAUGCGAAUGGAAUCCAGGGAUUUUUCUACCCAUGGAGUUGUGAGGGAGAUGUGUGGGACCGAGAGAGCUGUGGGGGUCAGGCAGCAAUUGAGAACCCCAACCUCUGCCUACGCCUGCGAUGCUGCUACCGGGACGGUGUAUGCUAUCAUCAGCGGCCAGAUGAAAAUAUGCGGAGGAAGCAUAUGUGGGCACUGGGCUGGACCUGUGGCAGCCUACUCUUCCUGAUCACCAGUAUCUGUCUCUUCUGGUGGGCCAGGCGCCAAGACAUGCUGCACCUACCAAGCUUUCUACAUAGGAAAUGUAGUAGACUGUCAAAGACCCUGUCUAAGGACCGACGAUCGGUCAGCAAGUCAACUACCGUUCUCCAAUCCCCAGGAGGCACUGAAGCAGAACUUGCAGCUGUAGUUUCCGGGGAGGACACAGGAGGUGAAGAAUAGGGCAACCCUAGAGGUGCCCUUAAUACAGAUAUAGCAUAUAAA